AAGCAACUAUCCUACAAUCAUCACCAAUCUUUAGCGAGUGGACUAUUCGAGCAUUCAUAUCAGUUGCCAACCAUCACAACUAACGGAGGUAUGCGCCGACUCGGAAUGCACCCACCCUCGGCUUCCUGCGUCUUGACUACCACGCCCACGCGCUUCAGUCCUCUGCUAUCCGCGUCCGCCAUUCUCACCCACUGUUACAUCUGUUACACGCCUGCCCGCGGUGUAUUUUUUACUGGUUUCGUUAGUUUUUUUUUAUCGGAUCCUUCUGUUGCUGCUUUGUCUGGCUUCAUUCAGUCGCGUUAUCCACUGCAAGUAUUUCGGUCUUGCUGUUGGUGGAGGUGGUAUGACCUUCGGUUACCCACGGCAAGUAGGAUCCCAACUAUUCGCUUACCAGGCCUAGCCUUUGGCCUUGAUUCCUCUGUCAGUUGUAGCUUUAUGUCGCCUUUCGAUCCCAGAACUCUCGGCGAUCGUCGGGGCUGUUGCUUCGUUAUUCUCCUUCCGCAUGUUCAACCCGUCCGCACACGGGGCCACAUGUUAAAAGCAACGGGUUUGAAGGAAUCGAUCAAACUGGCCUUUCAGUUUUAAUAACGGCGCCCGGAUCCACAAAAACUAAAGGAGAUUUAUAUUGUUUUCAAACCCAUUCGCAGUGCACCCCUGUAGAGGAGAACGGGGUAGGGCUGGAAAGUGGUCCAGCCAUGAGAACCCGGCAUCGACUUGGCUGAUGUCAUGUCACUAGACUUCAAGCCAAUCAGU